AUGGGAAAACUCUUUUCGAAGAGAUGUAUCCUGAGUACUUACAUGGGAGGAAGGAAGGAGGCCGGGGUAGUCGGCUAUAAUGGCCACCUCUGUGCCGCCAUAGCUUGUCUGAUAAAAGACUCCAUCCUCAAAAUCCAGGAAUAUGUUCGGAUCUUCUUCGUAUCUAGGAUCAACAUCUCGAUUAUGGUCCUCUGGCUGCGGGUCGAGGCUGCAGAUCCCCUCGACGAACUUUCUCCAUUCAUGUUAGGGGCAAAAACCGGUCACCCGCACGACCUCCACCUUCUCCUCCCGCACGACCUCCUCCUCCUCCUGCGCCGUUCGCCUCCCGUAGCCUCGCGCCGAGCCACGGGAAGCCGCGCCCUUCACCGCCGCCUCGCGCCGCCGGAGCCACGGGAAGCCGCCGCAGGUCGCUGGGAGCUCGCCCCUGCCGCGCCGUUCGCCGCCUCCCCAGCCGCGGGAGCCCGCCCCCGCCGCGGGUUGCCGCCUCCCCAGCCACGGGAGCACGCCCCCGCCGCGGGAGCCGUCCCGCCGUGGGUCGUCGCCUCCCCAGCCACCGGAGCCGCCCCGCUGCGCCCUUCGCCGCCUCCUGCAGCCGCCGUCGAUCGCCACGCCCGUCGCCCCGGGAGCCGCCCCAUCGGAGCCGCCGCCCGUCGCGCACCGGCGGAGCCCCGCCGCAGGUCGCCAUCCUUCGCCGGGGGAGAGCCGGAGCCGCCGCCCUCGCGCGCCAAGGGAGAGCCGUCGCAGGUCGCCGCCCUUCGCCGGGGGAGAGCCAGAGCCGCCUCCCUCGCGCGCCGGGGGAGAGCCGUAGCAGGUCGCCGCCCUUCGCCGGGGGAGAGCCGGUGCCGCUGCCCUUGGCUGCGGGAGUCGUCGGCAAGUCGCAGCGCGUCGCGCGCCGUGGGAGAGGCGCCCCAGGUCGCCGCCCUUCGCCACGGGAGAGCCGGAGCCGCGGAGCCGCCGUUCGUCGCGCGCCGGGGGAGAGCCAGGUUUCUCCUCUGCUGCCGCAGGGUGUUGUCAAGAAUUUCAUCACACCCAUUGCUUUCCCUCCGAGGUAGUUGCCGCCUGGAGCCAUGCACAAGUGUCAUCACCUGCAUCUCCUCUGUGUGUUCCCGUCUCUCCAUGACGCAUGUGGAUGCAGUCAUCACAUCUGUGAUGAUGUUAACCCCAUAAAAAGGACUCGCAGGUGGACAUCUGCUAUAAAUAACUAGGUACUUCUUUCUCAUUAUCAAAGCCAAAGGCUCAGUGAAACUAUCCAAUGGAUGGACUGGUUAUUUAACACUGAAUCAUCAGAACUUUAUUCUAUUCUUUUAUCCUCUUCCACCCACUAAAACAUCUGCAUUGCAUGCUUCUUACUUCUCCGAGUGCUUAAAUAUAAAUAAGAAAACCCAGUUCUCUAUGGGCAUGAAUAAUCUUUCAAUUCAAACAUAAAAAUCAAAAUGUGGUUCCAGUUCCGGGAGGUAUGGCAUGGUUUCUUUGCUGGCAUGUGCAUGUGUUGUUUGUCCGUUGCCGGGUGGAUUGCACAGUGGCGGUGCCGGGAGCCAGGGGUCAUCAGAAAAGAGACAUGCUGACGUCACUCAGAACGAGCCUUGCUUGGCAUUGACUGAAUCCUCCACAAAUUAUUUGAUGGCAAUUGAGCCUUGCUUGGCAUGUGCUUGGCAUUGAAUGAAUCAUAUAGUGGCGAGCUUGUAUCCCGGCCAACCUCUUCAUCUAGAUUUAGAAGCUAACUCACUUCAAAAGGAGGCCUGGAUUACCUUAUAUUCAGUAUUGAUCACACAGACCAGAUUUUUUUAAGAUGGAAAAGUCUGACAAUUGGAAACCUAUCCGAGAAUCAUGCUUGUUUGUGUGCUGCAAUUUGCACCUAGAGAGGUUCAGACGUCUGGCCAGUUAGGCACUGUCUAUUCAUCUGAACCUUCUAUUUGUCUGAACCCAACAAAAGCUUGCUAUAUAGAUUGGUAGAAAUAAAAUAAAAUUCAUAAGUCACUUUAGUUUUCACUAACGCAGCUAGGGCCAGCCCCCCCUAUAAAAAGAGACAGCCUCAACAGCGGACGGGGUGGCGGAGCAGUCACCUACCCACCAUACAGUAACUGCUAGGUAUACUUCUGUAACGAAUUCUUUGUCGUAGUCAUUAGGACGCGGUAUGGCAUUGUCGGGAUACACGCUCACCAAGGUCUCCUGCCAUAUAGGCCCGUGAGAGAUCGAGGGCGUCUUACUCAACAGCAUCAUGACCACAAUGGUGCCUUGGUUUUGAAAAUACAAUUUGAAUGUCAUCACAACAUUUAGUACACAUUAUUUUCAACAGUUGUUUUAUUUUUUAUACCGUGUGAAUCUCCCUUGGUCAACGCUUGAGACGUGUGUUACACAUGAUUAAUUUUUCACGACUUAUUGUUGUUGCUGUUGCCCACGAGGUACUUGAAAAAAUUCUCGACAUGUGGCACUCUUCAAUGACGUGUUCUCUUUUAAAGAGCAAGCAGACAGGGCAUGAGAGCGCUAUGAUCCUACAAAUUCUUGACCGCUUCUGUACCCGUGUAUUUGUUUUAUCUGUUAUUUUUGACUUAUUUUAUUCUCUUGAGUACUACAUAAGAGGUGUCUUUGAAGAGCUUAAGAACGAUUUAUGGGUUGGAGCACACUAAUACUGUACUGAAAAGGGACAUACAGCCAACCAGGUAUGCAGUUAUACGCCUUUUGUUCCAUGUGGUCAUCAAAGUAAUUGAUGCCAUUUAUUAUCGUAAUCCUAUCACAUGAUAUAUUCUUAACAAAGUAUUUGAUGCCAUUUAUUACCUUAAUCCUAUAAUAAGACAGUCUUAUUUUCUGGUCAUGGAAUGAGAGCUUCCACAGCUUAUCCAGGAUGUCUUGCAAGCCUUGCAAUUUUUAUUGACAUGUUUUAUAAAUGGUUGGAAUUUUUACUGAUAUAUUCUAAAGAUAUUCGGAUUGCACUCUUGCUGCCUCUUGAUUUUAUAUGUUUAGAGUAAUGCCCACCCAUCAUGUUAAAUUUCUCUGGUGCUAAAUCAAUCCCAAAUAAAUGUUACCAAUGUGUAAAAAAAUAAUCUGAUUAUGUUCUUUUAAGUUUCUUCUGAAUAUGAUCGUUAUACCCAUUUCUAGAUCGUUGACACUCUGCCCUAUUACAUGUACAGUGGUAGACUUCCCUUUUUGAUUGACAGAAGUAUAAGCAUGUAGAGGAACUGGUGGUCCACCUUGCUGCUACAAAUGGACAACCUGAUUUUAUCCAUGUGUUGGACUAGAUGAUAUUUGAUGAUUUGAGCCUUACACCGGUAGGGUUUCCACAACACUAGGUAUGAUCUAAACAAUGGCUGAAAAUAUUUCUUGGAACAUUUGUUUCAAACAAAUUUGUUGAAAGAUAUUUCAAAUAUUUUAGUGCAUGUGAUAUAUUUUAGAUAGUACGCUUUAAUGUGGUGUGGUACAGUUUGCCUUUUAUUUGAACUUCAAACACUUCUAAAAUAUAUGCAAGAUAAUUUUCCUUUCAGCUGGCAAAUGGGUUAAAUUCAUGUACACAUCAGCACUCGGUAUCUCUGUGUUCUUGACAUACAGAAACUAUAUGUGUGGGAACUCUUGAAGUAAAAUAUCAUAUUGUCUGCUCGAUUGUUAUUAUAGUCGACAAAAUAUUAAAAUUUUAAUGAAAAUGUGCAACAUCCAAUAAUACAGUAGGUAUUAAUUAAAAUUUAUAGUGAUUAUCAACAUUUAUAUUGUCAAGACGUGCGUUGCAUGUUGGAACAGCCGGAGGAGGAAGAAGACUCACACGAACAGACACUGGACACAGAACACACAAAGUUUUCUGGCAACGCACUUCUGCCUUUUCUCUUGUUCUUUUCAACACACACGCAUCUGAUUACAAAGUCCUUUAAUAGAGACACACACAUACUACUCCCUGCUACGUACUGCCUGAUCCGCUAUUUUCUCUCCACUAGCCGGUAGCAUGGCCACGAGUAACAACCUUUUUGACACGGCCACACGAUUCAGCCGGCGUCACGCUUAUCUCCUAAUUACUCGGUCCACAUCUAAGCCACUAUCGGCUAUACAGCACGUCCUGCACAGUUACUAUCAGUUUAAGUUUUGAACUGUAGGGGCGUGAGACUUCAGCAUGCUCUGUACAUAAGCAGGGUGUUGAGGGGCAGAACUGAAGGUGGAUUCAGGUGCAGUUAUCCCCUCCUUGUUUUCACUAGAACAACAUAUUACGCUGUGAAAGCAAGAUCAUGCUGUACAGGCGUGCAGUUGUCAGAAAUACAGCGGAUGGCUCCGUCUGAGUUCUCUGGCCCUCCUCUGCAAUUAUGGGGUGGGGUGCAUACUCCGCAGAUGAUGAUGGUUCAGCAGAGGCAGGCUUGCUCUGUAUUACAUAACUGUGUUUUGUCGGUCAAGUUUCAUUACAAUGAAGGAGGCAGAGGCUUCAGAAUCAUCUGUGGAGUAUGCGAUAGGAGGCCGGUGCAAUAAAAGGGUCUAUAUAGACGAACGUAGUGGCCCAGAUCAUAAGCGUACAUCAGAGCCAGCCUACCAACGCGGAUGGCAUCGGUUUUAUUACUCCACAGAUGUGGGUCAUCGGCCAUGAAAAAAGAUGGGAUAACAAAUGUUAUGGAUACAAGAUGACAGCAUAAACUUUGCAAUUUUGUGAUUUGUGAUCCGGAAGAUCUUUGCCAUGCGGAGGUCCAGUGAUUCUGGUUGUAUGCACUGGAGUUUAAUCCAUGUAUCUGAACUAAUUAGAUAUCUAUCUAUGUGAAUUUGGAGAUACAUAAGUGUUUGAGAUGAUUUCAGAGUGCCAUUACUGGCCCCGUAGGUCCAUCGUAAUUCGAUUGUUCUGAUUUGUAUUCCUUUUUUUACUUAACGAAGAUGUAUUUUCACUAUGAAGUUCAAUAAUUAAUAACUAUUA